AUGCCGUUGUUGCAGCCACGAGAGUCGGAGCAGGCUGGGUCGGCCAGGCGGACUGCUGCGCCCGUCUACGAUAAUGACGAGCUGCCCUACAACUACAUUGUCGUGAUCGACGCCGGAUCGAAGGGCUCCCGGGCGUACGUGUACGCGUGGGAGUCGGCAAAACACCACCUUGGGAAGGAGAGGAAGGCGGGGUCGGAGGCGGGCGCCUGGGGGUUGCCCAGGCUCUGGUACGAGAAGCACUGGCACAAACGCAUCAAGCCCAGCAUCGAGUCGUCGAUCAUCGAUUUCGGGCUGCACAACUCGUACCUCUACAACUACCUGGACCACCUUGUGGCGGAGGUGUACGCCCUGGUGCCGGUGGAGCAGCACUACCGCACGCCGGUGCUUUUCCACGCCACGGCGGGCCUGCGGGCGCUGGACCCGGACUUGCAGUCGAAGAUCCUGGACAAGAUCUGCGGCUACCUAGCGGACCACACAGACUUCUUCUUCCCCGACUGCGCGUCGCACGCGAACAUCCUCGACGGCGACGUGGAGGGCCUGUACAGCUGGAUCACGGUCAACUACCUGCUGAACGGCAACCGCACCGCCCAGAACCCGGCGUCCACCUACGGCGUCCUGGAGUUGGGCGGCGGGUCUGCGCAGAUCUGCUUCCAGCCGUCGGCCGCGGAGACAGAGAAGCGCUCGGUCCAGCUCGUCAACUUGCAGCUGGACCAGAAUUACCAGCUCUUCUCCACCUCGUUCCUCGGCUACGGGCUCAACCAGUUCCACCACGACUACCUUCUCUUUCUGAUCGAGAAGUCCUCGCUGGCAGCUGCCGCUGCCGACGCAGCUGGAGCUGCCGAGGACGGCGCCUACAAAAACUCCGGUAUCCUGGACCCCUGUUUACCGAAAGAGUACUCGGAUACCUUCACCUUCAACAGCCACCAAUACAUUCUCCAUGGAUCCAGCGACUUCCAGCAAUGCAUGGACAACAUAUAUUCCAUCAUAGGCGACAAUGACGAGCAGUGCAAGUCGCUUCUCGUGCCGGACGAGGACAGCACAACGGUCAAGGUGUCCAAAUGUAUGCUGAACCCAAUCAUGCCCAAGUUCAGCUUGGAUAAGGACAACUUCAUUGCAAUAUCGGGCUAUUGGGACGCCGUCAUCCAACUCCUAGACUUCACCAACCAGAACAAAGACACAGUCGUCUCCAACAGUGUCGUCUAUCAUCCGGAAAUAUUCACAGAAACAACAGAAAAAAUCUGCAACAUGGAUUUCACCUCUUUGCAGCAUUACGGAGGCAGCGACAACCACAAGAGGUUUUCCACAGAUGAGAUCACAAAUAUGUGUUUCAAGUCGUCCUACAUAACAGCCCUACUACAUAGCGGCUAUGGCUUGCCCUUGAACUCCGAUUUGGACCAGGACCCAGAUGCAAAUAAAAUGGCCAACCACCUAUUGAUCAACGACAAAAUCAAUGGUUUCAAAUUCUCGUGGACAUUGGGUAGAGCCCUCUUGUAUGCCGCAGAUGAGUCUGCAAGAGAAUACGCCAAGUUUGUCAACGGAACCGACGCAAGCUUACCUCCAGAAUUGCGUGUUGGCUACUAUAGGAACUCCGCUCCUACGUUCUUCCAUCAUGGUUCAGAACAACAAGGCGUGCCUACACGUCCCGAUUUUGAGUUGAAAGAUGAGUAUCCGACUUACACCUUUGACCUCAAAAAUCAGGCCACUAAGGCAGGACACGCCAAGCCACCUGCAACGACCACGGAACAAGCAAUGGAUUAUUAUUAUGAUUUUGACAACGGUUACGAUGAAGAUGAAGAUUCUAACUUUGACAACAACGGUGGUUUCGGUGAUGAGAGUUGUGACGAUGAUGAUGAGGCUGAGUUUGUCUAUCAAUCGUCGAACCAUUCGACAGCAAUGAAAGUAUUUCCCAUUCUUACCCUAAUAAUGAUACUUCUCUACUUUAUCCCAUUCACCAGAAACUACAUGAUUCGGCUGUACAUCAAAGUUAGACGCAGCUUUAGUUUGUACUCGAGCUUGGGACAAUCUCCUGAUAGUUUUACUUUCAAUUCAGAUGUUGAAAAUACAAUAGGGGCAGACGGGAAUUUGAGGAAAUUCCAUAUCCGUGGUGGAAACAAAAAAAAUACAGAUGUACAAUAUGACAAUAAUAAAAGCCCUACCAAUGGCGAAGAUUUUCAUUUGGAAAUACCUUCAGCCAAAGACAUGAGGUUUUCUAGUUCUAACGACCUAGAAUUACAAGAUUUCAAAGUUGGAGACUUUUCUCUUAAUCCUGAAGACGGCACCACUAAUGAACCAUCAACCCAAGACGAUGAUGAUCGUCUCUGGGACGUCGAUAAUAACUUGCGUAAUGAUGUUGUGUCUGAUUUCGACUUCGGCGUGUCGGACGAUGAGUGGGAAAACGAUAGUGAUGGUAUUGAAAGAGCUGCCUAG